AUGUUCAAAGCAGUAGCCGCCAGCCGUAGUGCAAUGCCAGCAACCGCCACCUAUACAACCACCUUGUUGAUCAUGGUUAUAUCCUGGCAGCCCAAUAAAGACAUGGCAAACUUACUUACGAUUAUCUUACCGAUUUUGAUUGUAUUUCUUGCUAUUGUAUAUACUUUAUACAAAGAUUUCGUAGUAACAUGUGGGUAUUAUCGUGAACCAGCUCAAAAGUAUACUGGUGGGAAAUGUCGAAGACUUGAAGGCCUAGAAGAGGCAUGCGAAGAUAUCAAAAUACAUCAUACGUCUGGGCUCGCUUACUUUGCAUGUGGAAACGCAGAGGCUCGUACAACCCAAUGGUUUCCACCAAUGGGUUUACGCCAUAACUACAGUUAUCAACCAAAGGAUACUUUUUACGUCUAUAAUAUCGAGACUAGCAAGCUAACUCCUCUCACUCUCAAAAACUUUGAUGAAGAUUUUGCGCUUCAUGGUUUUGGAAUGUACGAAGAUCCUUCAGAACCUGAUAUCAUUUAUUUCUUUAUUAUAAAUCACAAACGUACAGGAAGUGUGAUCGAAUUAUUUAAGCACAAAAUAAACUCUUUCGAAUUACAUCAUUUAAAAACAUUUAAACAUAAAUUGAUUUAUAAUCCUAAUAAUGUUGCUCCGGUGUCGAAAGAUGAAUUUUAUAUAACGAAUGAUUAUUAUUAUCAAACGCAUUGGAAGAGACUGGUUGAAUCGCUGACACUUCGUAAAUGGGGCAAUGUUGUAUUCCACUCCUCAAAAACAAAUACUACAGAAAUAGUUGUUGAUGGUUUAGCUUACGCAAAUGGAAUUAACGUAAAUUGGGACUAUUCUCGUAUUUAUGUUGGAACUAUCGGUACGGGUGAACUUUUAAUAUAUGAAAGAAAGCCUGAUAACAAAUUGAAGCUGUUGGAAGCUAUUAAAAUUGAACAUCCUAUUGAUAACGUUAAUGUGGAUCCAGUGACUGGUGAAAUUUAUCUUGCAGCUAUAUAUAAUAUGUUGGAUGCUUAUUUAUCUUUGAUUGGAAAAGAUACCAAGCCUGCAUUCAGUAUAUUUAAAGUUAGCAACAACACAGGUGAAGAUAGAUUUUAUGGGAUCAAAUACUCAAAAGAGAAAAUAUUUGAAGAUGAUGGUACUUUGCUUCGCAUGGUUUCUGUAGCGGCUGGUGAUAGCGUUAGAAAAGUGGUGUUUUUUGGAUCACCUCAUAAUCCGGGUGUUGUUAGAUGCGAAUUGGAUUGA